CACUUUCGUGUAUAUUUUCCUCUUCUAUCCUCAUUGACUAUAAUCUUUACGUUCACCCUCAUAUGCAUAAAACUAGUUGCGUUUGCUAUUUAUCAACUCCAUCCACUUGAGAAACAAGGAAAUGAAGAUCUUCAACUGGGUUCGUCGGUUUAAUCACAAAGAUGAAGCUGGCCAAGGUGCCACAAAUGAGGUUACUCAAAAUGGGAAGGACGGCAAGCUGGUGCUGCUUGAACAUGUAGCCUUUGAUAGUGUGUUUGAUGGUUGGAAAGAAGGCAUACUUGCUAUUGGAACAUUAGGAUUUGAUCCUGCAUUACUGAAAGGUUCAGAGCCCAAAGAAGACACGUAUUUGUGUGAAAUCAGUCGUAAAGAGUUAUUUGUUGCUGACAAUGGUGAUGAGGACGACAACGGAGAGCAGGAACUAGAAAUGGAAUUUCCAUUGGUGUUAAAAGCUUGUAAGCAUGGGUUCUUUCAUGAUCAGAAAGAUGAUCAGCUACAAUGUGAUGAAGUUUCUAAAACUGAUGAUCGUAAAGAUGUGGAGGAUCCGGAAAGUGUAGAUGUUGAUGAGGUGAAAAGGGCAAGGAAGACUGGACAAAGAACCACUCUAGCCGAUCUAUUUUUGGCUGAUUCAGAAACGAACUUGUUGAAAAACAAGAGGUUGGCUAAUCAAGAUCAUGUCAAAGGUCACUUCCAUACUAUUGAAUCCAACAAAAAGCAUGCUUCAAAUGACGAUAGGGUGGCCUUAAUCUCUAAUACGAAGCUCACUACUAAAGACAAUACAACUCACACCAUCAAGAAAAUAAACAGAAUGAUGAAAAAGAUUUUAAAGAAGAAGAUACAUCCAGACCAUAGUAGUGGACAUGGAUGAAAGCGCUUGCCAUUAUGUGUUGCAGAAAGUUACUGAUUUGGUUGCUUGGUUAAUUUAUGAUUGGUUUUCCUGUUAAGAUUGUGUUCUAUGUUGCUUUCAUGUUCUUGCUCAUCUGUUUCUUUGUCAUUAAUUUCUUUAAAUCCAUGGAGUGAACAGUUGUAUGUCAUGGACUUAUUAAUUUUCCUGUUUACUUCUUUGAUGCAUCUCCAUGCUUCCUACAAUUAUAGAAUUAACCAAUGGUCAUGGUCACACCUUAACUUUCACCUAC